GUAUAGUUCUACUGUUUCAUUUAGGUAAAUUAUUAAUUGAUCAUAAUAAUAUUGUGGCAAUAAUAUCAAAGUUUAUUAUUAAAGGACUAAGCCUUAUAGUGAAAACAAAAUGAAAGAAAAUUUAGAAGAAGUUAAAAAGAUAGUCAGGUCUCUCCUUCUAUCAGCAAAACAAGGCUUGACAAUCAACCAACUUUGUUCAGAGUACACAGAUUUGGAACAUAAAACACUACCAUAUAAAGAGUUUGGGUACAAUUCUGCCAUAUCAUUUAUGAAAAGUAUGCCAGAUGUUGUCAGGCCUGUUUUUCUUUCUCGUGGUGAUAUGGUACUUCAAGGUGUAGCUGAUGAAUCAACUGCUCACAUCAAAGAACUAGUACAGCGACAAAGAUCGACAGGACGAAACUCGAAUAUUGUUGCUGUUAAACAAGUCAGAGCAACAAAAAAUAUUAUUCCAAGUUUUGUUAGAGUAAAAAUAUCAGAGGUGAUUCAUUGUUUUCCAAAGGGAUGCAGUUCCAGUGUUUUUGAUUUAACUUGCCAGAAAAAGUUCGGCAAAAAAAUUGACCCUUCUUAUUUAGGCUUACCAACUCUUAAAGCGGUAUUGGAUUUAUGUCCAGAUAUAGUUUCAACAAAAAUUUGCCUUUCUGAGUUGUUCAUUUACCCAGCUUCAAAAAAAAGUGAACAGAAACCACCAUCUCUGAAACCACCAUCUCAGGAUACAUUUAAGCAAAAAAAAAUCAAUUUUGAGACACCUAAAGUUAAAAGUGGAAUUCCUGAAGACAUCAAAAAAGAAGUUUAUGUGGUUUUAAGCAAGCAUUCCUCUGGUAUUUGGUCAAAUCAAUUUCAAAUUAAAUUUAAGGAAGUGCACAAAAAAGAGUUUGAUUAUCAAAAGUUUGGUUUUAGUAGUAUAAUUGAGUUUAUGUCAAAAUUACCUGAUUUUGUCUUGGUACAUCGACCUGUAGUUACUGGUGAUUGGAUUUUAAUGCCUAUUCAUAUAGAUAUGAAUAAAAAUCUUUCAACUCCUAAUGACGUGGUUUCUCCUAAUUCACAUUAUUCAAAUUAUAAUCCUGGAGCUAUUGGUGAUCUUGUUGAAGUUUAUAUUUCUCACAUUAUUGAUCCAUCUUCCUUUUGGUUUCAAUGUGUAACAUUAAUAGACAAACUAACUUCUUUAAUGAAUGAUAUGAAUGCAUUUUACGAAGAUGAAGUUGCUUCUAAAGAUUAUGAGUUUACUUUAAGUUAUUUAAAAGCAGAAACAGUCUGUUGUGCACAAUAUGAAGAUGGAGAAUGGUACAGAGCAAUUAUUAAAAAUGUUUUAUCUCCAAGCGAAGUUGAGGUUUUUUAUGUUGACUAUGGGAAUGAAAUGGUUCUUGAUAUAUUAUAUUUGCGUUUAAUGAAAAAAGAUUUUAUGACUCUUCCAGUUGUUGCAAAUUUAGGUUUUCUAGAUGGAGUGUUACCUUAUGAUUUAAAAAAAUGGUCAAAAGAAGCAAUAAAGAGAUUUUUUGAAUUAACAUCAGAUAAAUAUUUGUAUGGAAAAAUAAUGUCAAAAGAAAAAUCUAUAUCUCUUGAACUAGUUGACACAAAUAAUACAGAUGAUGUUUAUAUAGCUGAAGUUUUAUUGGAAAAUAAUUUAGCUACAGAUAAUGAAAUUCCAAAAGUUUCAGAAAGUAUAAAAAGUUACACAAAUGAUUGUUCAAGAAAUAACCAUUUGGAACCUAAAGUUGCUGAAAAAACAACAACAGUGGUUAAUGAUUUUGUCAAAAAUUUUCAGAUUGAUGAGGAUAUGUUGUUUACUGUAAUUCAUUAUAAAGAUCAAGCUUGGCUUACAAGUCUUGAUAUAUCUAAAUUAUUUUGGGAUGGUGGAGAUAUACUGAGACAAAUGCUCAGUCAAAAGAAGUUAUCAUUUGAAAAUGAUAUAAUUAGCGAAUCUGAAAAUGAAAAUUUAUUCUCAGUGCUGAAGAAAAUGAAUAAUUCUGGUGUUGGGUUUUUGUUUCGAUCUCAUUUUACUGUGUAUAAAGUAUCAAGCUUACUACAAAUAUGCAGUAUAUUUAAAUGCAGAAAGGCUCAUUACUUGGUUGCCAUUAAUUCAUUGGUCAAAGAUGUAGAGAAAGAGGAAUUUUGGCAACGAAAGUUAAAUGAAAAUGAAUUAAAAGAAGAGGAGGCAAAGUUAAAACUCAUGGAACUCAAGUUCAAAAGAAAACGACUUCACUAUGGAAUGAUGACCAAUACAGCAUCUGAGAAAACAUUAGAUGACUUAAGAUUAUUAGAGAAUAAUAUCAAAGAAUUAGAAUUAAAUUUAAAGAAAACAUAAUUCUUGUCUUAGUUCAA